AGCUCUCUUCUCACGCUGGUCAGGCCCAAAUCAGGAGGUCUACAACAUACCCGGCCUGUCUCCUGAAAUGAUGCAGCUCAUCAUCGAGUUUGCAUACACCAACUCAGUUUGUGUGACGGAGGAAAAUGUCCAGGAGCUUCUGAUGGCGGCCGAUCAGUUCAGUGUGAUGGGCAUCGUAGAAGCCUGCAGCGACUUCAUCGGGGAGCAGCUGUGCCCGGAGAACUGCGUCAACAUCUGGCGUUUCACAAAAAUCUGCAUCACCCCCAAAGUGCAGCAAAAGGCCUACCGCUACAUCACUGAUCACUUUGAGGACGUCAUUGCCUGUGAUGAGUUCCUGCAGCUCUCUGUGGAGGAAUUCAUUGACUUCCUCGACGGAGACGACCUCAAUGUGAGAGAGGAGAGCACUGCAUACGAAGCUGUGAUGAGGUGGAUCAGACAUGAACCUGCAGGACGAGAAGGACACAUUGCUGAUGUCUUGUCGAAGGUCCGUCUGGCUCUGAUGAGUGAAGACUACAUCACAAACAAUUUGCAGUCCAAUGAGCUGCUGGAGAACAACAAAGAGUGCCAGACCUUGAUCAAUGCUGCCAAAAACAUCCUAAGCCACCUGGUCACAUACAGGCCGUCCCUGGGCCUCUUCAACCGCCUCGCUCGUCCCCGCCUGCCUAACGCCAUCUUACUGGCCACUGGCGGCUGGAGCGGCGGUGAUCCGACCAAUGGCAUCGAGGCGUACGACUUCAAGGCCAACAAAUGGAUCGAUAUUACAAACUACCUGGAACGUCCUCGAGCCUACCACGGUGCCGCCUUUCUGAAUGGGUAUGUGUACUGCGUUGGAGGCUUUGACAGGGUGGAGUACUUCAACAGCGUGCGCAGGUUGAACCUGAAGACACGGACCUGGCAAGAGGUGGGGCCCAUGCACUGUCGCCGCUGCUACGUGAGCGUGGCGGUGUUGAAUGGUUUCAUCUACGCCAUGGGAGGAUAUGAUGGACACGUACGACUCAGCUCUGCAGAGCGAUACCAACCAGAGACCAACCAGUGGAACAAAAUUGCUCCCAUGUUUGAGCAGAGGAGCGACGCAAGCUGCACGACACUUGAUGAAAAGGUUUACAUUUGUGGAGGAUUCAAUGGGAACGAGUGCCUGCAGACGGCAGAGUAUUACAUCCCAGAGGUCAACCAAUGGACAAGGAUCGCUCCCAUGACCAUCCGGCGCAGCGGAGUCGGCGUCAUCGCGUAUGCAGAUCGUGUCUUUGCAGUUGGAGGCUUCGAUGGCAGCAACCGUCUGCAAACCGCUGAGGCCUACAACCCGCUGACCAACACCUGGACCGAGGUGUCCUCAAUGACCAACCCACGCAGCAACUUUGGCAUCGAGGUGCUCGACAGGCGCCUCUUUGUCGUUGGGGGCUUCAAUGGCUUCACCACCACCUACAAUGUCGAGUACUACGACAUCACGACCAACGAGUGGACUGAGGCCCAUGACAUGAACAUCUUCCGCAGCGCCCUGAGCUGCUGCGUGAUUUAUGGAAUCCCCAACGUGGCUGAAUACGCCGCCCCACGUGACCUGCAGCUUGCACUGUUGGAGGAAAUAGAUUGGGAGUCUGCUGACUCCAAUUAAGUCUCAUGCUGCUUUUAGCCCAGUCUUGCC